AUGCUCCCAAGGUCCCCCUCUACUGCGUUGUGGUACAGACGCCUGAGUUGCAAUCCAACUGCACGUCCAUAUUUGCCAUUACACAUUUCCUCCGUGACUCGCUCCAUUUCUCCAAUCGCCCCGCUUAUUCCUCCUUCCAAGCAUCGUUGGGCUCGCUCGUUCUCCCACUCCUCCCUGAUCCUCUCCGCCAAUUCUCCCACCAUGACGCAAAUCGAACGCAUUACAGAGAACUUGGAGAAGCCUGAGCUGGAUGACCGGUCAUACCGUGUCAUUCGCCUGCCAAACCAACUUGAGGCUCUUCUAGUGCAUGACCCAGAUACCGACAAGGCCAGUGCCGCGGUAAACGUCAAUGUUGGCAACUUUUCCGACCAAGAUGAUAUGCCAGGAAUGGCCCACGCAGUUGAGCAUCUAUUGUUUAUGGGAACGAAAAAGUACCCCAAGGAGAAUGCCUACAACCAGUAUCUAGCCGCCCACUCUGGCUCGUCCAAUGCAUACACUGCCGCUACCGAAACGAAUUAUUUCUUUGAAGUAUCGGCCACCGGUGACUCCAGCCCCCCAAAGUCGACCGGGCAGAAUACCCCAACCGAAUCUACAAAUGGCACCAAUGGGAUUGCUAGCGAGACCUCAUCUACUAUCACUGGAGAUUCAGAUGCCAAAUCACCCCUGUAUGGGGCUCUCGAUCGAUUUGCUCAAUUCUUCGUGUCUCCACUUUUCCUAGAGUCGACGUUAGAUCGUGAGUUGCGGGCUGUAGACUCUGAGAACAAGAAGAACCUGCAGAGCGAUUUGUGGCGGUUGAUGCAACUGAACAAGUCACUCUCCAACCCUAAGCACCCAUACCAUCACUUCUCGACCGGUAAUUUGCAGACCUUGAAGGAAGACCCGCAGAAACGCGGUCUCGAGGUCCGCAGCGAGUUCAUUCGAUUCUAUGAGAAGCACUACUCUGCCAACAGGGCCAAGCUGGUGGUCCUGGGACGGGAGACCCUGGACGUGCUUGAGCAGUGGGUUUGGGAAUUGUUCGCAGAUGUUGAGAACAAGAACCUGCCCCAGAACCGCUGGGAUGACGUUCAGCCUUUCUCCGAGGAAGAUAUGUGCACCCAGGUGUUUGCCAAGCCGGUCAUGGAUUCGCGCUCUAUGGAUAUGUACUUCCCAUUCUUGGAUGAGGAGAAUCUGAAUGAUGUCCAGCCCAGCCGGUAUAUCAGCCAUUUGAUCGGCCAUGAAGGCCCGGGUAGUGUUCUCUCCCACCUCAAGGCAAAGGGCUGGGCCAAUGGGCUGUCUGCAGGCGCUAUGCCUAUCUGCCCUGGAUCGGCAUUCUUCACUAUCUCCGUGCGCCUGACUCCGGAGGGUCUGAAGCAGUACCAGGAAGUCGCCAAGGUGAUCUUUGAGUACAUUGCGAUGAUCAAGGAGCGCGAGCCGGAGCAGUGGAUCUUUGACGAGAUGAAGAACUUGGCCGAGGUGGAUUUCCGGUUCAAGCAGAAGACCCCUGCCAGUCGGUUUACCAGCCGCCUGAGCAGCGUCAUGCAGAAGCCUAUGCCUCGCGAGUGGUUGCUCAGCGGAGCUCUGCUGCGUCGAUUUGACGCCGAAGUUAUCAAGAAGGCCAUGUCCUACCUGCGCGCUGACAACUUCCGUCUUAUUAUCGUGUCCCAGGAAUACCCUGGCCAGUGGGACCAGAAGGAGAAGUGGUACGGUACCGAGUAUAAGGUCGAGAAGAUUCCCCAGGACUUCUUGAGCGGCAUCCAGAAGGCUUUGCAGUCCACGGAGGCUACUCGCACGUCUACCGUGCACAUGCCUCACAAGAACGAGUUUGUCCCGACUCGAUUGUCGGUGGAGACCAAGGAGGUUGCGGAGCCCGCAAAGACCCCCAAGUUGAUCCGCCAUGACGAUCGUGUUCGUCUGUGGUUCAAGAAGGAUGAUCGAUUCUGGGUGCCCAAGGGCACUGUUCACGUGACUCUGCGUAACCCUCUGGUGUGGGCUACACCCGCCAACCUCAUCAAGACGAAGCUCUACUGCGAGUUGGUUCGCGACAGCCUGGAUGAGUACUCGUACGACGCCGAGCUUGCUGGGCUGGACUACCACCUUGCGGCCAACAUUCUUGGUCUGGAUAUCUCUGUUGGUGGCUACAAUGACAAGAUGUCCGUGCUGUUGGACAAGGUGUUGAACACUAUGCGCGGCCUGGUGGUCAACCAAGAUCGGUUCAACAUCAUCAAGGAACGUCUGACCCGGGCCUUCCGCAACGCCGAAUACCAGCAGCCCUUCUACCAAGUUGGCGACUACACUCGUUACCUGCUGUCUGAGCGCAGCUGGGUCAACGAGCAGUACAUCGAGGAACUGGAGCACAUCCAAGCCGAAGAUGUGAUCAACUUCUUCCCCCAACUCUUGGAGCAAACUCACAUCGAAGUCCUGGCUCAUGGCAACCUCUACAAGGAAGAUGCUCUGCGCAUGACGGAUAUGGUUGAGAAGACUCUUGGGGGACGUGCACUGCCCCCAUCGCAGUGGUAUCUGCGUCGCAACAUGGUUAUUCCCUCGGGAAGCAACUACGUCUACCCGCGAAGCCUGAAGGACCCUGCCAAUGUUAACCACUGUAUCGAGUACUAUCUAUACAUUGGCUUCUUCUCUGACGAUGCUUUGCGCGCCAAACUGCAGCUCUUCUCUCAGCUUACAGACGAGCCUGCAUUCGACCAGCUGCGUAGCAAGGAGCAGCUCGGUUACGUUGUAUGGAGUGGAUCCCGCUACAAUGCAACCACCAUGGGCUACCGCGUGAUCAUCCAGAGUGAGCGUACUGCUCAGUACCUGGAAUCCCGCAUUGAGUCCUUCCUCCGCGAGUUUGGAAAGACCCUGGAGAGCAUGCCUGAGGAUGAAUUUGAGGGCCACAAGCGCAGUGUGAUCAACAAACGUCUGGAGAAGCUCAAGAACCUGGGAUCUGAGACUAGCCGCUACUGGUCGCACGUUGGGUCGGAGUACUUUGACUUCUUGCAGCACGAAACUGAUGCUGCCAAUGUGCGCCUGCUGAGCAAGGCGGACCUCAUUGCCUUUUACAAGCAGUACAUCGAUCCCUCGUCCUCGACCCGCGCCAAGCUGGCCAUUCACCUGAAUGCGCAGUCCGGUGCCAAGGCUGCGGAAACCGAUGCCCAUGCCGAUGCCUCCCAGAAGCGGUCUCGCUUGAUCGAGCUGGUCAAGAAACAGCUUGACGCUGCUGGCUUUGCCGCGGAUGCCGACACCUUGACUGCGGCGUUUGAACAACUGGAUAUGGCAAUUAUUGACCGCUCCCAGAUUGUGUUCCUUGUCAAGACCUUCUUGGCCACGGAGCUGACUUUGUCAGAGGAGCAGAUCGCGGUAGUCACCGAAAAGCUGGAGGAAAAUCUUGGUGUUCAGCUGAAGCAGCUUGGACUGGAGCCGGAGACCAACGGGGCCAAUGGUGCCAACGGUGCCUCGACCGCCAGCCCCCAGGAAGCCAUCACCAUCACGGACGUGUCUACCUUUAAGGCUCGCCUGCCCGUCAGCACUGGACCCGUGCCCGUGUCUGACCUUACUGAAUUUGAAGACUUUGAUGCCAAGCUGUGA